AUGACAAUACCUCCAAUGAAUGGUGUUGCAGGAGUACCCUUUGUUGUUCCCUUUUUGUAGAUAUCUUUGCAUACAAAUACUCCAGAAAAAAAUUGGGCAAUAGUUACAAUACUAGCAACUUGCCCAACAAAUUCUUUAUGAGGUUGCAAAGUUUGAGAUAGUGCUUCCAUGAUGCCGCUCUGAAAAUUGACUGGAUAACUAGUACACGUUUUCAAGCACUUUUGAGCUGAGUUUGAAGGACAUGUCACCAAUUAAAACUAAACAAAAUAUCCACUACAAAAAUCACCGGAUAUCAAUGUUUGGCGAUAUCGAGUUUCGGAAGCAGGCUAUUCAUUCGAACUACCGAAUUUGUCGGAUAGCCCUUUAGUAGUUCAGAUUGAAGAAAAUUAAUGCAGAAAGAACAAGGAAAGAACCAAAGAGGAUUCUUCGAAAGAACAGUGAAAGAGGCUUUUUGUAAAGGAACAAAAUAUUUGAUUUUUGAUUGAAAGCGUAUUUCAGCAACGUCUAAAGUCUAAACUUCACAGAGGAGUGAGAUUUGAUUGUGAAAAUACAUAAUAAUUCCUUCUGCCAGAUGUCCAAACCCUCAAGUUCAACAAGCUCUGCGGAGCCUCAGCAAUUUGAUAGCCAAGCUCAGGUUGCUCAAAAAAAUUGGGAAAUGUCGAACAAUGUAGAAGUAGUCAGCUCAGUGGAUGAAAUAUACCGCUAUGAUAAAAAACAGCAACAAGAUAUCUUAGCUGCAAAACCAUGGGAUAAAGACCCUCAUUUCUUCAAAGAUAUCAAGAUAUCAGCUCUAGCUUUAUUGAAAAUGGUAAUGCAUGCUAGAUCAGGUGGAACUCUUGAAGUAAUGGGACUAAUUUUGGGUAAAGUUGAUGGAAAUACUAUGUUUGUCAUGGAUUCUUUUGCAUUACCUGUUGAGGGUACUGAAACUAGAGUAAAUGCCCAAGCUCAAGCUUAUGAGUAUAUGAGUUCCUAUAUUGAGGCUGCAAAAUUGGUGGGUAGACAAGAAAAUGCUAUAGGAUGGUAUCAUAGUCAUCCAGGCUAUGGUUGCUGGUUGUCAGGAAUAGAUGUUAGCACACAGAUGUUGAAUCAAAAUUUCCAAGAACCGUUUGUGGCCAUAGUUAUUGAUCCAGUCCGUACAAUUUCUGCAGGAAAGGUUUGCCUAGGAGCUUUCAGAACAUAUCCUAAAGGAUACAAACCUGCUAAUGAAGAGCCUUCAGAAUAUCAGACCAUACCUUUGAAUAAAAUUGAAGAUUUUGGAGUUCAUUGCAAACAGUACUACUCUUUAGAAGUAUCCUAUUUCAAAUCUGCACUAGACCGCAGAUUACUGGAUUCACUUUGGAACAAAUACUGGGUCAAUACAUUAAGUUCCUCUAGUUUACUUACUAAUGCUGAUUAUACUACAGGCCAGAUAUUUGAUUUAUCAGAAAAAUUGGAACAGUCUGAAGCUGCUAUAGGUCGUGGUGGCUUCAUAGUUGGAGGGGCAGAUCCCCAUGAAAAAAGAACUGAAGAUAAACUUCUUAAAGCUACUAAAGAUAGCUGCAAAACUACCAUAGAAAUAAUCCAUGGACUGAUGGCUCAAAUGAUCAAAGAUAGGUUGUUCAAUAGUGUUACCCCAAAUACUUCAGAUGCUCUUGCUAGUUUGAAAUGAUAAUGGAAUGAAUGCUGAUUGAAUAUUUAAUGUUAUUAAUGCUUUGUCACAGAUUACUCAACCUCAUAUAAUUUUUACAUAUUUUGAAUUGAAUAAAAAAAUCUUACUUAGUGAUUUACUUGGUGGUUU